AUGGCUGUAGACCAUCAAACCACCCCCAAGCCUCAUCUAGCCAUCACAUUCCAAGCCCACCACCACUACCCACGGCGGAGAAUCUUCUUCCUCCGCCGACAAAAGAAUAAGCUACCCACGGUUCGACUCGGCGGGAAGAAACCACGGGGGAGGGUUUACAUAGUGAAGGUUUUGAAGAAGAAGAUAAAAUGGGUGAAGUUGCAAUAUGAUUGCAUGCUGAGGAAGCUAAAGAAACAUUAUAGGAACUUGAUCAAGGAUCUAGUGAAAGCAAGUGCAAGCGUCGAGGCUUUGCAACAAAGAAUGUUGAUGGAAUCAAUUUUCGCCGUCCCCGUUAUGGGCGUUUCCUUCUCCAGUUUCCCUGCAUCAGAUCGCCCUAAAACCUUGUUGUAUUGA